AUGUCACCAUUCCCUUGCUGUACUCUUUCAGAUCCAUAUGCUCACGUUUCAUUCCUUCAUCGAAGCAAAACAACUGAGAUUAUCCAUUCAACACUGAACCCAACCUGGGAUCAAACUAUUAUAUUUGAUGAAAUUGAAAUUUACGGUGAUCCGCAAACGGUAGCACAAAAUCCUCCUCAGGUGGUUGUUGACCUUUUUGACAACGACCAAGUGGGCAAAGACGAAUUUCUUGGAAGAACCUCUUGCUCUCCAAUGGUAAAAUUGAACCCAGAUAUUGAUAUCAAUCCAAAACUUCUUUGGUACCCAGUUAAGAAUGGAGGCAAGGCUUGUGGAGAUGUUCUUUUAGCUGCUGAGCUUAUACUGAAUGAAAAGGGUGGCACCAAUCUUCCAAUUCUUCCGUCUCAACGCGCACCAAAUCUAUAUAUGGUACCGCAAGGAAUUAGACCUGUUGUGCAACUUACUGCAAUUGAGAUCCUUGCCUGGGGAUUACGGAACAUGAAAAACUAUCAAAUGGCUUCUGUGACUUCUCCCAGUCUCAUUAUAGAAUGUGGAGGGGUAAUGGUAGAAUCUGUCGUCAUCAAAAACUUAAAGAAGACGCCUAAUUUCCCCGGAUCUGUUCUCUUCAUGAAAGUGGUAUGA